UUCUUCAAUCAAAAAUCAAAAGCGCAUUGCAUUUGUUCCAUCUUGCCGUCCUCUGUUGCAGAAGAAACCAUGAAAGGUCCUAGAGUUGUUGCGAUUGCUCACAAGAAACCUGAUGCAGAGAUUUUGAGGAAACGCAAGGCAGAGAGCAAAACGACGAAGGAGAGAGCGAACAAGAAGAAGGAUUCUAAAGCUCCCAAGCGUCCUCCCAGUGCUUUCUUUAUCUUCAUGGAGGACUUCAGAAAGUCAUUCAAAGAAAAUCAUCCCGAUAAAACACCUGUUUCAUCUGUUGGGAAAGCCGGCAGCCAAAAAUGGAAGUCGAUGUCUGAUGCUGACAAAGCUCCGUAUGUUGAGAAAGCUAAAAACAGGAAGGCAGAUUAUGUGAGAGCUAUUGAAGCUCAUAAGGAAAAACUUAAUGGCGCUGGGGCAGAUGAAAAGCCUGAGGACUCCGGGAAAUCCACUUCUGAGAUCCAUGAUGAGGCUGGCCAGGAAUCUAGCUCUUAGGUUUUCUCUUGCUUUAUUCAAUUUGUUUAUUGGUUUAUUGAGAAUGUUUAAUUGCCGUGACGGGUGAUGUUACUUUUUGCAGAUAGAUGUUAGAGGUGCUUUGAGAUCAAGGUGUGUACAGUGGUAAAGGAAUUAUCAACUGAAUAUGUGGUUAGAAGGUUUUAUGUUUCAUUUUCGCAUGUUAGUUUCCAUACAGGUUUAUCAUGACUAAAAAGAUGUUUAAAGCCAACUCAGGUGAUGCAGACUUAUGUUAACUGUUCACGGUCUCCUGUUUGUAAAUUCUGCGUUGCAUUUGUUGUUAUAUGCAUCAUUAACCAGAUGAGUCUACUGUUUUGGGAUAGAAGGGAACUCCUUGGUACCAAUUAUGGUAAAUACAAUAAUAUGAUGACUGUUUAAUUGUAA